UUUCCUUGGCAGCCCCACGCCUGCCUUUGACAGAGCUAACUGCCGCGCACUGUAAUUCCCAAGCCAUUGAAACUAAGUCGCUAGCCGGUAAUUUAAUUCAACAAGAUCCCUCUCCUCAGGGACAGUUUGCUUCAGAAAGGCGCUCGCUCUAACCGGUGUUUGGCAGCCGACAAAUGGACGCGACAAACAUGUCUAAAGACACGGAAGGGAAGAGCGAAAAAAUUAUGGAUAUGGAGAGCAAGGUGUUGUGGUACCCGGACUCCAAGAGGAACACACAUAUGGACAAGUUUAGGAUACAGGUCAACACUGACUACGGUCUUAAUCUGGCCAACUACAAUGACCUGUACCAGUGGUCGGUGGACAGCUACCCAGAUUUCUGGGCAGAAGUGUGGCGCUUCUGUGGAGUAGUCAGCUCCAAACCAUAUGAGGAGGUGGUGGAUGUAUCCAAACGGAUCUCGGAUGUUCCACAGUGGUUUAAAGGCGCUCGGCUCAACUACGCUGAGAAUUUACUCAAACAUGCAGACCAGGACAAAGUAGCUCUUUAUGCUGCAACUGAGGCAAAUGAGGAGAUUGUGAAGGUGACGUUUGGGGAGCUGAGGCGCGAUGUGUCGUUGUUUGCUGCAGCCAUGAGAAAGAUGGGCAUCCAGACUGGAGACAGGGUUGUAGGCUACCUGCCCAAUGGUAUCCAUGCAGUGGAGGCCAUGUUAGCAGCAGCCAGCAUUGGAGCCAUUUGGAGCUCCACCUCUGUCGACUUUGGAGUCAACGGUGUCCUUGACAGGUUUUCUCAAAUCCAGCCCAAGCUGAUCUUCUCUGUUGCCGCUGUGGUUUACAAUGGCAAAACACAUGACCACAUGGAGAAGCUGACCAGUGUUGUCAAAGGUCUGCCUGACUUGCAGAAAAUAGUGGUGAUUCCCUACGCUCGCUCGAAACAUGAGACUGACCUCUCCAAGAUCCCCAACAGUGUAUUUAUAGAUGAUUUCUUGGCUACUGGCCUUGGUGAGGCCGACCAGUUUCCGCAGCUGGAGUUUGAGCAGCUUCCAUUCAGUCAUCCUCUGUUCAUCAUGUACUCUUCUGGCACCACUGGAGCUCCUAAAUGUAUGGUCCACUCUGCUGGGGGCACGCUCAUCCAACACUUGAAAGAACACAUUCUCCAUGGCAAUAUGACCAGCAGUGAUGUCAUCAUUUACUACACCACGACUGGCUGGAUGAUGUGGAACUGGCUGGUGUCCGCUCUGGCAGUGGGAGCCUCAGUGGUUCUGUAUGACGGUUCACCACUAAUGCCCACGCCCAAUGUACUGUGGAACCUGACAGACCAGCUGGGCAUUACUAUCUUUGGGACCGGGGCCAAGUGGCUGUCUGUGCUGCAGGAGAGGAACCUGAAACCUGCGGAAACGCACAACCUCCAGUCUCUCCAUACCAUCUUGUCUACAGGAUCUCCUCUCAAACCUUUGAGCUACGACUACGUCUACCGCUGCAUCAAGAGCAACGUGCUGCUGGGCUCCAUCUCAGGCGGCACUGACAUAGUGUCAUGUUUCAUGGGUCAGAACCCAACAGUUCCAGUGUACCGGGGCGAGAUCCAAACAAGAAACCUCGGCAUUGCUGUGGAGGCUUGGGGCCUUGAUGGUAAGCCCGUAUGGGGAGAGAGUGGGGAGCUAGUCUGUUUGAAUCCAAUCCCCUGCCAGCCAACGCAUUUCUGGAAUGAUGAGAAUGGGAUCAAAUACCACAAAGCUUACUUUUCUACAUAUCCUGGGGUAUGGGCCCACGGAGACUACUGUAAAAUCAACCCAAAGACGGGAGGCAUUGUCAUGCUGGGCAGAAGUGACGGUACACUGAACCCCAACGGAGUCCGAUUUGGCAGCUCAGAGAUCUACAACAUUGUGGAGGCGUUCGAGGAAGUCACAGACAGUCUUUGCGUUCCUCAGUACAAUGCCGACGGAGAAGAGCGAGUUAUUUUGUUCUUAAAGAUGGCACCUGGUAGGCCCUUCUGUCCGGAGUUGGUGUCAAAGAUUAAAGGAGCCAUUAGAAAAGCUCUGUCUGCCCGACACGUCCCUGCUCUGCUGCUGCAGACUAAAGACAUUCCUUACACCAUCAGCGGGAAGAAGGUGGAGGUGGCUGUGAAACAGGUGAUUGCUGGCCGGGAGGUGGUACAAAGAGGAGCUUUCUCCAACCCUGAUUCGCUGGACCUCUACAAGAACAUUCCUGAACUGCAAAACUAUUAGAGAUGAGGCUUCACACACAAAUUGAAAUGUACAGGGAACAGGGGAUAUAUGGAAAGUGCAUUGCAAGAGUAGUUUAGAAAGGGACCUUGAGCUUUGCACAGGGCAUAUACAAAUGAAAAACAAAUGUGUCAAUAUAAUACAAAAAUGGUACAAAAAUAUAUGUAACUAUAAUAAUGUGUAUGUGUCAGGCAGAUGAGAGACUUUAAAAAAACAAGUUGUACUGCGCCAUUGUCUAGCUUUCAAUCUAAUGAUCAAGCAGCUGCUCUUGGUUUACCAUAUUGUGCGAGUAAAUGUUGGAUGCUGGAUUCAGCUUUGCAUAGAAUAUGAUGUGCACAGCAGCACUUGUGAAUAUGCUCAUGCUCUGACGCCACCAGUAAUGGAGGAUUUAGCAUCAAGUGCUUCACAUUCUGAUUGCAAUCAGCCAGUAAAGAACCACAUCUGACAGUUUUCCCUGCUGAAAGCCCAGUGUUGGUUCGGAGUGGGUCCCAGACAGAAAAUCCAAGGAAGUGUGCAGAUAAACACACAAACACCUUGGAUUAACACCUCGGCUUUGGCUCAUAUCAGCAUAGCAUUGUUAUGUGGUUUGUAUUGUACAUAAUCAUAUGUACAUAAAUGAUUAUUGUGAAAUUAUGUUAACAUUAUAAUUAUGCAUUAAAUAGGGUGAGCCAAACAUAUUAACCAAAGUGAGUCUCAGAUUUAGAGGGUUGUAACAUGUCAGGAGUUGUAGUUUGAAUAAAUGAAACAGGAGAUUCCAGAUAAAACAAAACUUACAGAACCUUUCCUAACCUAAAACGUUAUUGAUCUCUUGUGUAUUACAUGCUUAACUCCUAACAAUUCUUUGACUUUGUAACCAUUUAAUCUGUUUUAAUACCGCCCAGGUCAUCAAGGCAUGAAUUGAUGAAGUUCUCUGUACUUUUUUUUUUUUUGUCACAUUGGCCCUCAUUUAUUAUGCUAAUGUACAAACAACUCUCAAGAGCAACAGAUCAUUUUACUACAAAAGCCUGUAUUUAUUAAUUUCAUAUCUAUGUUCUAUGUUUGUCAUUACUGUAAGAGAAAUGUGCUCUCUUCAAACAGGUACAGUACAGCCGGUUUUUACUUUGUACAUGGGAACGCUCAAUUAUCAACUCCGAAUUUCCGUCAUGCUGCGCUGCAAAGAUGAACACACUGGUGUGGUCACUAACACUACUGAGCAACAUGGGUGUACAAUAACAAAAGUCACAGAGUUUCAUUUCCUGUUGAGAGAAAAAAAAAACACAGAUAUAAACGUCAGAAGCAUUUUAUACUGAUAGAGUGGUAGAAUAUUUCUUACUGGAGCGGUUUUUCUUCUUUUGCUUUUGAUUCAGUCAUUGUCACUUGUUUCCAGAUUAUUUUAAAAAGUUUAAAAGGUUUGAAAGUCGACUGUUACAUUCUGUGGGGUGUCUUUAAUGUCAUAUUCACUGCUUAGAUUGAAUCAAUUGCCUAUUUAAAGGUACCCUGCGGAGGUUUUGACUCCUUGCA